GAUCGAAAUAAUUCUAUUAUAUUUUUUUAUAUCGAUAUUGACUGAUCUCAAAAUCGGAUCUGACGAGCGGCAAGGACAACACUAUUUAUUUGUUUAUUUGUUAUGAAGAAUCUUUAAUGAAUUGAGAUUUUAUUAUUAUCGUCUCCGUAAUCGUCAUUUUACAAGUUAAAAAGCACUGAAUCAAACAAAAUGUGUUGCUGCUUAUAACGAUGUAAAAUAUCAUGUCGUUAUAAAUCAUAUAACCAUUUGCAUCCGUCGACGGGCCGGGCAGGUAAAUCAAUUAGGUCUCCAGGCACACCGGCAGUGCGCAUACUCGAAACUAUUUUUAGCCGGUUGCAAUAUUGAUUCGCGAUGAUACCCAGCGAAAUCUACGCAGAGGAUUUGAUGAGCACUGUGAUUCGGUACGGGCUGUAUAUCGGAGCUGCUUUCCAACUGGUGUGUCUUCUGGCUUGUGUUACCCUAACUGACGAACAAAGCGAGUCCCAUCCUUACGAAAAGGCAUAUACAGACAGUGAUGAAUGCAGUUCAGAACAAUCUUCGCCCGGGCAUCGCCCCUCAAUGCCUCGAGUUCUUGCCCGACGCCAUGAUAAAAAGAAGAGGCGUUAGCUGAGAUGGAGGUCCCUGCGGUGAUCUCUCACGACUACCAUCGCACGUGGUGGAUCUCGAACCGUUUUUCGAUGAGUGAUCACUAAUUAUUUGAACUCCCAACUGUACGUAUAAAAUUUCCUGUUACUUUUUUUUGGUCUUAUUGUCUUGGAAGAUAGAAAACUCGCUGCGCCAAGAGAUUACAAUCAUUACAGAACAAACUAAAUGGUACAAAGGAAGUCUUAUCAGCAGAUAUCUCAAGCAAUCACUUCUAGUCAACCUUAGGGUGAAAGGAAACCAAAUAGAAGAAAGAUUCAAAUUAAAAAAAUACACAAAUGGGUAUACCAGAUACAACUUUAUGAAGACAAGAAGGCUACUGUUGAAUAUGAUUCUAUGGCUUACCAUUUGUAGAAUGUGUCAGUUCUGGCCUAGUUCAGCAGUUUCUUCUGCUUAUUAUUUCAUUGUAUAAGACAAUGAAGAACAAGUAAAAAAAAAAUCUGUUUUGUUUUUUUUUUUUGUUCUUUUAUUAUCUGUUUAAAAUGCUGGAAACAAGAGAAUCUGGAAAAACAAGAAGAAUGAAAUCUGAAUUCUUCAUCUUGACAAAAGGGUUAUAAAUGAAGUUCUUAUGGAUGAAAAUUAAGUCAAAUUAAAAUGUACACGUCUGGUUCAUCUACUUCAAACAAAUGAGUACAAUAGGAACCCAGAAAAGUAUAGCAAAACCUGAAGUAUGCCAAGCAAUUUUAAUCAUUAAAUUUAUUUAGAUUGCUUAUUUUAUGAUUUAAAAUAAAUCAAGUACAGUUGGGUGUAAAUUUUCUGUUCAAUUUAUUCCCGGUCAUAGAGUGGCCACAUUUGAGACUGUACCUAAAUAAAUUUAGAUUUAUAUUGUUAGCUUUGGAUAUCCAAAUUUACCCGAAGCCCUAAGAAAUAUUUUUUUAACAUGACAAUACUUUUUUAUUUUUAACUGUACCUGUUAAUUUUAUAAUGUUUAUGAAUCAUGUAAUUUUAUUAUAAUUCAAUGGUAUAAUAGAUAUUGUAGUAAUUUUACUCAUAAGUGGCAAUCAUAGAUAUUAUACGAUAUGGAAUGGCGGAUAAUAGGGACGAAUAAUCAUUUGAUGGACGUGUAUACGAUAAAAAAACUCCACAACUCCUUAUCCGAUAAGAGUCAAUGAAAACUGAUGAUGAGUACAAAACAGAUAUUUAGUACCUUUUUUCAGUGGCGCAGCGGUAGUGGGCUUGUCUGUGACAUAGAAGUUCCCGGGUUCGAAUCCCAGCCAGGACAUUAUGAGAAACGCCCUUGCUCUGAUUGGCCUGCGUCUUGGAUGUAAAUCUUUAUAAUAAUUUAUUAUAAAAUAUAGUAUUGUUGAAGAACUAUCUCAUGACACAAGUUUCAAACUUACUUCAAGACUUACUCAAACUGUGUAAUCUGUCCAGUAUAUAUUUAUUUAUUUACCUAUUAAGGGAAUAGGUUCGAUUCUCCCUUAUUGACUCACCCAAUCCAGGAUCCAUGGUCGAAGGCAUAUCCCGGGCUUCUCUCCAGAGAUACUGAAUACUAAUUUGAAAUGUAUAAGGGGUAGAUAUAGCCAACAGUCUCAGUAAUACUGAAAACCCACUCAGCUGUGUACUAAAUAUCUGUUUUGGGGAUGGCAUUAUAGAAUUUGAUGUUUUAAUUAAUAUCUUUUCAAUGUAAUAGUCAUUAAAUGUUUAUCACGAUAUGCAUAUGGAUAAUCAAAAUAAAUAGUAGUUAUACAAUGUAUUUCAUGAUGUUAGAUUGAUUGUUUGUGGCUGCAAAAGGCUAUUUUGUUCUGUAUAUAGAUCAAGGAAAGGUUUAAAAUAAAACGUUGAUUGUGAAUCUUUGUUUUCAAUACUUGUCAAAUUUGAUAUGCUAAAAAUCGGUAAUUUAUUUAAAAAUCUGAAUGAUACCGCAUAAAAUGGAUUUCUCUAAAUUCUCAUGGGAAUAUAUUCAACUGUAUAACUACACCAAAUUAUUUUAAACAGUAACAAAAUGGUCUUUUGUUUAAAUUAAUAGCAUAAUCCAUAUAUACUACAUGUCUAGGUUUUUCCGAUAUUAUUAUAUGUAAUAACGUAUACAAUCAUUCCUAGUUAAACUAAGCAACUUUGUAGUAACUGGGUACGAUCGAGUAUGGUAUAGGAUAUAUUUUUUUUAAUUUGUGUUUUUUUUCAUCAAUUUUUCUACUUAGCUUAAUUUUUUAGGUCUAGACUAUUAUUGUA